CACAUGGGUCCAUCAAUGCAAGCUACCGUCUGGACGUCGUGGCACGGAAUGCCGACCCCCCAGUUUUGCGAGAAGGCAUGCCGAAGAAUAGUAGCGCCCUCAUUGGGUCAUCUGUGGUGCUUAAAUGUGAAGUGGUUGGCGAAGAAGUGUACCCGAAACUACGAUGGGUGAAACAUGUGAAUAGUGACGUCAAUAUCGGAGACUAUUCAUUCAAAGCUGUUGAGUACGAGUGGCUGAAUCAACCAAGGACUUGUAUUGAAAUAAUUGCUUACUUAUUUGACGAAAUCCCCCCGUUUGUGUGCCUCAAUAAGACCGACAUCAACUCCACUUGGGAUAUCAAUCCAAAUUAUCUCGUCUUACCAAAUGUUACCGUUGAGGACGCUGGUAAAUACACGUGUUUGGCUGGUAACUCGUAUGGAAUAACAUACUCAAGUGCAUGGCUUAGUGUCAUAAUCCCGAGUACAGAGGUUCCAGAAUCUCACACUGAAUUAACGAUAGACUCUGCAACGCCGUCCACACCCGCCACUAUAGAAAUGAUAUUUGGUCACCGCACACCAGAAGUAUUAGAAGAAAAAAAGACGAUAUUUCAGUACAUUGUGAUCGGUGCUUGUAUCGGAUUUGUUGUCACGUUAAUGCUGAUCAUCAUUGUAAUUUGCUGCCUGUGUCGGCGUGGAAGAAACCGACGCAGACACGCACAUCAAAAUGGUGAUGCGAAGAAAAAGAACAAGAAUGCUAAACAUGUGAAAGUCGAGAAGAAAAAUGAAAAAGUGAACGAUCUUGAAAUGGCAUAUCAGAGCGUGAACACGGAGGACAAAAAGGACGAUACCAGUCUUCAAAACGAGACGUGUUUAAAUGGCGUAAGCGCAAAACAUGACACUUGCAAUGGGAAAAAUGAACAACAUAGGGGGUCUGUAGAAACCCCUGAUGAGGAGGAGGCACUACGCAGCGAUGAAAAAUCAACGACAGAUGAGGACGAUAGUGACAGUGAUUCAGAGGAGAGUGAUAACGUUUCGGAAAAUGCGGAGUCGGGGAAAAACGAUCGCAGUGGCUGAAAACCUCAAACUUUGUGACAAAUUUCAAUUUGAAACCCAGCCUUAGGAGUUGUGGCGGAGUUCAAGUUCACUGGGUGCAGUGAUAACAAACCGGAGACACGCAGACAAAUACAAAACAACACGGUAUCCAUCACUACGGCACGUACUCAAUGAUAGCAUAUACAAUGACUGAAUAUACACAUAUAUCUACACUUUCUCGUUUUUAUUUAGUUCAACCCAACGAUAGUCUGUUGAUAAGUGUCACCUAUCAACUUCCGCUUCCGG